AUGGAUGUUGGAGAGGUCCUUGUUAUUAAUCUAUUCAACAACGGUCCUUUGUAUAAGGACCCUGAUUGGUUUGUCAACAAGAUCACUGUAAUUAGUUCAAAGCAAGAAGAAUCCUUUGAAUUCCCGUGUUACCGUUGGCUGAUAUCAAAGAUGGUUGCCUUCCAAGGAAAAGGUAUUACUAAUUAAUGCAAGCCAAUUUGGGACAUUCAAGUACUAAUUUCAUACACCCUUCCAUAAGUACGUCGCAUCUCAAACACGAAAACGAGACUAUAUAGCUAAGGCGACGUGCUUUCUGAAAGGGUUAUUACAGGAAUUACUAGCUGAAAGGGUACCUCCGAUAAUAAAAGUAACUCCAAAAAUGAGCAUUUUACUACAUUGAUGUUCGGUCGGGCACGAAUAUGUUCGGCCAACCACACGGAAGAUGUUUGGCGCGGGACACGUACUUGCUUGUCUGUUCUCUUCAUAUAAAAUGUAUGGAUCAAAAUUUUAAAGAUUUCUAUGAACUACGAUCAACUUGAACCCGACGGAAUAUUUUGAACUACUGUAUCGGCUCGACAGACAUAAAUAGUUCACAUUCCAGUGGAAUUCGUUUCGUUCAAGAAUUUGUUUCCGAUAAUAAAAAAACAAGUCCAACGGUUUGGCCUUGACAACUCCCGGACUGCCCUUGAUGAAUUGACCAGAUUAUGUCACUGAUAUUUUUCAAACGAGAAAAUGUAUUGUCGAUUUCAGGGAAUUUUUCAAAGCGCGGUUCCCAAGUUUGUCGUAAAUUUAUUCCAAUUACGCUUGGAAUAUUGGGCGGGGAAGUUGCAAAGCGAAAUUAACUAGGAUUUCUAGACAGAGCGAAAAAGUCCAGUCAAAUGUAGUUUGCUUAGUAUCUGAAUACAUAUUUGGACUCCCAGCUAUCCAUGCAUGAUAUAGUACAAUGGUCUCGUGUGCUAUUUUUAGCAGUUUGGGGGACUGUUUUAUCAAGUUUCGAACUUGACAAUGUUUCAAAUAUGAAUAUCUUUUGUCGACUUACUGCCUACAACUUAUUUCAAGUUUAGAUUGAUAGAUAGGUUUAUUAAAAAUUACAUCGCAGCCAUGACACAUGGCUGAUUUAUGUAAUUUACACAUUUAAUUAUUCAAUUUAAUUAUAAUAACAUAUCAAUAAGAAUUAUAGUAUUUAUAUUGUAAUAUAAAAAGAAAUUUAAAAAUUGGAACAUUGUAAAACGUUUCAAAACUACAUAUAAUGUUACUCUAAAAAAACAGUAAAAGAACUGAAAGAUUGUCGCUCUAAUAAUGAUGGCUAUGUAACUCUACUUUUGUGACCUAUUCAUUUCAGUUGCAGAAGAUAGUACAUAUAAAUGUUUAAAAAUCUGUUUGUAUUCAUGUUGGGUAUGAUAAAUUCACGAUGGUUUCUCAAACAAUGAUUCUGUACCAUUCUUGUUGGAAGUAGAUGAUGAAGUUUUUGAUCCGGGCUGCUCUCGAUGCUCUUAAACAGUUUAAUACAAGGGUUUGUAAAUUGUUAUAGCUUAAGCAGUCCGUGUAGCCACAACCAGGGUUGAUGAUAGAAAGUACUCUUUGUUGCACUCGUUCGAUAUCAUCGCUAAGAUUACUGUAAUUAUAUUUUAAAAGAAUAGUUAAAAUCGGAGUUGAUUCUUAGAAGAUAUCAUGGCUGAAAUUUGAGCCUUUUCGCUGUCAUUGGCUGAAAUUCAAAAUGCACAGCGCUUCUAUAGUUUGAAAAAACUUAAACCAGGAUCAAUUAAGUUAUCAUAUCGAUCAGUGAAAAUCGAAAAAUUGCGCUUCGUCAUCGAAUCGCGUCCGGUGUGUCUCGAUCGAAUUUAACUACGUUAAGUCAGAAAAAUCUAAGAUACUAUAUUUCGACUAGCCGAUGAUUUGUUUGCCACAGGUUAAUGUGUGGCUUAUAUAGGUUUUAUGACUGUCGAAACAGGAUUAAUGUUAUUAUUUUACUGACUUCCUUGUUAGCUCAAACUACCACAAAUCUAUUUUUUGUACAUAUACUGAGCACAUUGUUGGUUUAAAACUUUACCAAGACCGUAAUUUUUUUUUAAUUAUAUAAUAGUUUAUAUAGUUUCAUUUUUCGCAACAAUAUUUAAUAUAUCAAUAAUAUUUAAUAUUUCUAUUGCGCGAUUUUACAUAUGUAUAUGGUCAAGCCCAAUUUAGACCAAAUUCUAAGCCCAAUUUAGACCAAACCAGCAUGAUUUAUUCCCCGUUAGGUAUAGCCAUGUAUUUUAGGUGAAUUUUCACGUAUUUUAGCCUCAGUUUGAAAUAUGACGCCGCACGCAAAAUUUGACCAAAAUACCUUUCGUGCUCAUGUGGUACAAACCUAGCUUUCUAAUUGGACAAUUUGAAUUUGAAGUGUCAUGAUUGAUAAAAUAAUCUUUAAUUCAUGACUGGUUCUUUGAUGAUCUGAUACAUGUUACAACUUUUUUAUAAUAUUUACUUGAAUCUACGAUUUAGCUCUACUUCCAUUUCAAGACCAGCCAGAAAUCGUAAGAGGGGAGCGAAUUCUCGAGCUGCAAGAACGCAAAGCGAAGUACCUUUGGGGACAACUUCCAAAUGGCGUAACUGAUUUGCCAGGCUUUCUUCAUGCCGCAACGCACGAUGAUAUUCCUCGCGAUUCACAAUUUUCUGAAGAUGCUACACGUGCGUUUAAUCGUGGCCGAGUGUUCGGAGGAAUAAACCUUGCUCUGUCGUGCCUCUACACUCUCUUUGACAGCUGGAGUAAUUUUGAGAGCUUCACGAAAAUCUACACCGGUUGGACAGGCGAUGUACCUCAAAUAGCUCGAGAUGACAUGUGGAUGAAGGAUGAAGUAUUUGGCUUUCAAUUCCUAAAUGGCUGUAAUCCGUGCGUCAUUGAACGUUGCAGUCAACUGCCAAAAAAUUUUCCUGUUACGCACGAUAUGGUUAAAAAAUUUCUUGAUCGAGACAUGACAUUAACUGAAGAAAUUAAGGUAGGUUUAAUUUCAGUGACAAUUUUGUCCUCGCGCGAAGCUCGGGCGAAAUCGGCUCGACGAACGGGCUUUGAUUUUUAAAUAAACAAAACACGUGUUGGAUGAGAAUGGAAACAAAGGUCACUGUGGUAUACAUUCUGGUGAAUAUAUAGGCUAAGCUAAGCGUGUCUUGAUACCAAUCCAUCAAUUCAUGCGUACAAAUUAGGCGAUGCUGAUAGUUCGAGCCCUCGAAUUCGAAUACCAGCCGGUCGUUUUUGCUUUAGUAAUUCUAACUUCCUCUUUUAGAAUCAAUGCUUAAAAUUUAGUAUAGCCAAAUGAGAUAAAGCAAGCUGUAGAACUUCGUUUGCUAUUCAUUUUUUUAUUUAAAAGUUCAACAUUAUUUUCGCCUGUCAUCUCUCAAAUAUGGUGGAGACUGUUAUUUGGACCCAUGGCAUUAAAAUUAACCCAUCAUUACUUAAUAUUCUGUGAUUAAAACUAUUGAAAUUUAGUGUAAUUUCUGUAUUGGAAAAUGGCCUUUGAGCAUUCUGAUUGGCUCUCUCAGCAGUACCUCUGAGGCAAUAGUUACUGCUCAAACUGCUCUGAGCAGUAACUAUUGCUUUACCCGCAAAAAUGGCUGAAAAUAAAACGGAAGUAAAUCUGAAAAUUAAAUUCAUUAAAUAAACACAUGCACGUGUAUUAUUUGCAUUUAUAAAUAAAACUUUUUCAAUAAGUGAAAUUAUAUUAAAACAAUGUAGUACUUGCGAAGAGAAUCAAACACCACAGUUAUAAAAUAAUAAAAUUAGUAAAAUUGCAAAAUUUGGUUGCGAAAUGUUGUAAAGCUUGGAAAAUAUAGUCUUGCAAAGUUUGCAAUUUUUCUAUAUGUUUGUACUACGUCUACGUGCGGAAUUGUUACCAUUUUUGGCUCAAAAAUGGUAACAAUUUCCGCACGUAAUGCAAACAUAUACAAAAUAUGGAAACUUCGCAAGGCUAUAUUUUCCAAGCUGUACAACAUUUCGUAACCAAGUUUUGCAAUUUUACUAAUGUUAAUAAGUUCUUUAUAAGAAUUUACUUUUAUUGCCUACAUUAUAAUUAAAAAUUAGUCUAACAUGCAAGUUGUCUGUUAGUUGCCUCAUGCAGGCUUGGUGAUUGACAAACCUACAUUCACUAUAUCGUCUUCAGCUCAGUGAAUAUAGGAUUCUAAUCACCUCGCCUUCGGCGACUAAUUGUCAAAUAGCGAACAGUGCAAGGAAUAGAGUUUAAAUAUCGAUAUUUCAUUUCCGAAAAAUAGUCGCAAUCCAAGACGAAGUACCAAUCAGAAUUUUGGGCAUCUCACUUAUGGGUUUUUAAUUUGAAGACAGAAAUUUCGGAAGAAAAUUACACAGAUGUUCAGACCUGACUGGUCAGGAGAAGUUGAGCAAACGAAAUUAUUUAAAAUACUAUUGAAACUUAAAAAUUUGUUUUCUAAUUAAGGAAGGACAUGUUUACAUUGUUGAUUACAAGGAAUUGGAGGGAAUCAAACGAAAUGGCGAGGAUGGUAAUUCUAAUCUAUGUUACGCAGCAGUGCCUCUUUGUUUAUUUUAUGUGAAACGUUCUGGAGACCUGGUACCGAUCGCUAUUCAGCUCUACCAACAACCCAGUGAGAGCAACCCAAUAUGGACUCCUGACGACGGUCAAUACGAUUGGCUUUUGGCCAGAAUGUGGUUCCGCAACGCUGAUCAUCAAGUACACCAGGUUUGUUUCAACCCAUUCAAUUAUACAAAGUGUAUAAAAAAGUAAUCCUACUCUGGCUUUGGCUGUCAAAUAUAAAUAUAAUGACACCAUUUUUGUAUCAAUGCGAUCAAAUAUGGCCAAAUAAAAUACGGUUUAAAAUCGUCUUUUUCCACCGUUGAGAAUUGAAUGCAAAGCCAUUGUCCGAGUUUUGAAAUUUUUUCGGAACUAGAAUAAAGAUUUUGAAUGGGUUCAAUACAAAUUUAAAGGUGAUUCAACUCGCGAUAAAACAACGAAAUAUAAAAGGCAUUUUACGAAACUCGAAGAUUGCAGACUAGGCUCAUGAUACUGAUUUCAGAUAGGCAACCAGCAUUUGCGCAAAUGUUCGAAAAUUGGAAGAAUGUUUAAGUGAAAACUGCAAUCUCGACCGACCACUUUAAAUCGGAUCGUAUUCGGAACUGUCGACCGACCACUUUAAAUCGGAUCGUAUUAAUGAACUGAAAUUUGUGAUAUGUUAUUACCACAACCUUCAUUACCUAUAAAUUAUUUUAGAAUAAAGUUUCCAUUGCUUGCGGAAGUUAUGCAUGUGUUGUUAAACACGGAAUGAAACAUUUUGGAUCUAUUUGACCGGGGGUGGUGCGUACUAACCUGAUUUUAAUCCUUGCCUAGAAAAAAGACUGGUUAACUCAUUUCCCAUGUUGAACUAUUUCAACAUAAUAUGUUUAAAUGCUGAAUUGCAUAAGGCUUCAAAAAUUAAAUUGAAUUAUCCGGAAUCCCGACUUCAUCUUUUCCACGUGCAUUGUACAUGUUGCAUGCUGGAAUAUAAAGAUUGUUAAUCAAGCUUGAAAUGUUUUGCCGAAUUCUCGAUGAAAGGAGUGUAUAUAGUGUGCUAUAUCUUAUGCUUGUUUAUGAUUUUUGAGACUAUGUCAGAGCGACUUGAUAAGCUUAUUAAUUGUUUUGGUAUUUAUAUUUAGGCAUGGGACUAGCAUGCAUGUGCCAUAUAAGCAUUGACAAUGUUACUUAAUAAAUUAGAUAUUAUAUAAUCAAUACGCUUAAGCAAACUUUUAUCUAUUGCCUAGUGCUGGUGUUCAAAUGCAGUUUGAAAUUUUAACUGAGAUUCUUUGCUACUUUGUCUUUUCUAUUUCAUGUGAUAAUUAUACAUAAAAAUUUGUGAAAGUCUAAAUUUAGGCAUGCGCUACGUUUAAACAGCAUUACAGGGCAAAAGAAUCCAAUUCAACUACUCCAUGGCCACCGGUUAGAACACUCAAUAGACCAUAAUAUGGUAUGUGAGAUUGAAACGGCUCAUGCACAAACCAAUCAAAAGGUCUCUGAAACACAUGGUACAUUGCCUUUAAGUCCAGCAACCGAAGAACAUGCGGUGUCGAUGCUUUUUGGGCAGAUAACUUCGAUAUGAAUCUUGAGAUAGAAACUGGUCAUGGCGCUAUAAAUUCUACACACAUGAUUGCAUUCAAAGAAGAGUCACAAUUCACGAUGGAAAGAGGAACAUCGAAGAUUAAAUUCGCAAGAACAGGAAAAUACUCGAUUGAACAAAGUAAUAUGGAAGGUGAAGAAAUGCAAGUUAAUCCAAAGAAAGAGCCUCCCAGUUUUGUUAAUUAUUCAGCUGAUGAAAUAGUGAAAAGCCAGAUACUGUCUGCGGAACGUUUCCUGACGUGAUGAUCCUUUGACUGAUUAAUUUUCGUGAUCAAAACGUAACAUCUUAAUUUGCUUGGGAAAUGCAAAACCGAAUAGCUGGGGAAAACAAUACAUUUAAUAAGACUUUGACAACAUACUUGCAACCAAUCAACGAUAAGGUCACAUAAUUCAGUACCAUCAAUCAGUACCUUACGUACUGCAGAAGAUAGAAAAUGAAGUAAACAUACAUACCUUACGUCAACGUAUGUUUGAAUCUCGGUGCUGCAAUGAAUGCCUACUAGUUAAUUCAUCAGGAAGUUUCCGUUGAAAUUUAACAAUGUUGUCAUCCAUUUGGGAGAUUUUCAUUUCAUUACAGAAAAUUUUGGGGUCGUUGGUGGGCUUGUUGAAGCGUCGGGCUUUGAAGAUGUCGUAUGUCAAGUAGGUGUAUGCUCGUCUGGAAGUUUGAAAGGUGUUCUCUCAGGAUCACACUACAAUAGGGCAUGGAUUGUUCAUUUUGCGUUUUCAGAAUCUCUGGAGAGGCUUUUGUUCCAGAGGUUUUUGAAAGAAAAUAGGAUCGCCAUUCCAGAUUACUUCUAUGAUGCAUGUAUUGAUCCAAUAGCAAGCUGUGCUGUCUUACUGAAAAUGCUUCACCGUUGUAUCCAGAAUACAAAGCUUUCAAAUAGGAAGCAAGAAAUGGUGUGUUAUGGAAAGCUGCGCAACUUUGCAUACAGUUUUACAUGGAUCUAAUGGAGUGUCAAAGUGUCAGUGGACGCUGAAUUGUUCACAUGCAAGAAGCCAAAAACAAGGCAAAACCUUUUGGAAUGGGGGGCAUAAGUCUCUAAAAUGAAGUAUAUAAGUUAUUACGACCAUCCGAGAUCCCGAAGCCGGAGUCCUAUACUACCAGCGUUUUCGACACGUUACGCAAGGAAUAUUUAAACCCAUUCAAUGAGGAACUAGAUACCAGUUUUCUUUACCACUUAAGCUCGGGUACACCGAUUGAAGAGGAUAUCAGCGAAGAAAUGUUGAAUAAUAGAAUAGAAGGAGAUCGUUGUUUGAAACAUACAUCACUAAUAGAAUACUGAAGAAAGAAAUACUUUUCCAUGAUCCCAUUAAGAAGAGGAAGUUAGUGUUAUUAAGGCAUCCUCUAAGAAGGUGUCGUUGACGAGAAGUACUGUCGUGAAAACAGUAGAAGUCAACAGAUACAUUUUGGGUACCCUUCUUGCUUUGACAGACAAGACAGAAAAAGUUAUCAACUUUGAAAAUGCUUUAGAAUAACCACUUUGUUCUGUCCCGCUUAGCUUGGCAUGCCCUGAUGGCACACCUCAGAAAACUGCUAAAAGUAAACUCAUGGAUGUGCUAAGAAAGAGAUGUAGAUUGCCAUUGACUUAUCCAAGAGAAAAUCAACCGGAUGAGGGAAGUGUUGCGGCCUUUAUGAUCGACCUCAUGGCAAACAGGCUGUUGUGGGUUUUUGAGGUAAAACGUAAAACUAUAUUACGCUCUAUCUAUAUGGUAUAUUGGUAUUUGCUUGCGUAAUCUGUUAAUAAUAAACCUAACCACAUGUUUCUGUCAUUUGACAUUGUUGAUUUUUAUCCUUCAAUUACCGAAGUGCUCCUCGACAAAGUUAUUAGCUGGGCUAAAGCCAUUACACCAAUCUCUGAUGAUCAUGUAGCUGUCAUCAAACACCCACGCAAGUCCUUACUUUUUCACCAAGAUAAAACAUGGGUUAAAAGAAAUAACGAAACGAAGUUCGAUGUUACAAUGGGCAGCUACGAUGGGGCAGAAAUUUGCGAACUAGUCGGAUUAUUCAUCCUGAGUAAACUUGAGGCGAAGUCCGGAAAGAAUCAUGUUGGUUUGUACAGAGAUAAUAGGUUGGCAAUUUUGAAAGCUAAACGAGCCAGAUCAGCCGAUAAAGCGAGGAAAGAACUACAGGCUAUCUUUAAUAACAUCGGUUUCAAGAUAACAGCAGAUGUGAACCAUCAUGUUGUCAACUUCCUAGAUCUGACAUUGGGCUUGAAAACGAAACAUUUUCACCUUUUAAGAAACCAAACAAUGACCACUCUACGUCGACAAUAGAUCUAACCACCCACCUUCUAUCAUCAACCAUAUCCCUUCCUCAAUCAACAAACGCAUCUCCUCACUUUAUUCCGGUCAAGCAUCCUUUGAUUCUGCUGCACCAUUUUACGAAGAUAAGCUUAAGCGCAGUAACUACGAUGUACCUCUCGGCCUGUGAUAAUUCCUCCAGUUUGCCAUCUACCAACCGAAGACGUCGUAGAAACAUCAUUUGGUUAAAUCUACCCUUCAGCGUAACAGUUCGAACUAACGUCGGUCGAAAUUUCCUACAAUUGAUUGAUAAACAUUUCCUUUCUACUAACCCCUUCAUUAGGUCUUUAACCGCAACACAAUCAAAGUUAGCUACUCCUGCAUGGAGAAUGUCAAAAGAAUUAUAUCCCGACAUAACCAUGGCCUGUUAAAGAGAAACUCUACGCAAAAACCUGCCCAAUUCAACUACAAAUAACCAGACGAAUGCACACUAGACGGGAAGUGCAAAGUAGAUAACAUCGUCUAUAAAGCCACGGUGACAACAACUGAUGACAGAAAUACAAAAGAAUAUAUUGGAAUGACGGCCAACCCAUUCAAGGAAAGAUACGUCAACCACAAAACGUCGUUCAAUCUCUUCAACCAUUCGUCUGAUAUAAAGCAUUCCAAGUAUGUUUGGAGUCUGAAGUAAAGUAGCAGAAAUUAUAACAUCAAGUGGUGAAGUGGUCCAUCUUGAAAAGAGCUGCGUAUACACCUGGUGGAAAGCGAUGUGGCCUCUGUUUGGAAGAGAAGCUAUAUAUGCAUCCUGAAAGCGAAUGGGAACAAUUCACUGAACACGCGAUCAGAGUUUUAUGCGAAGUGCUGUCAUAACGAAAAGCGACCGUUGAUGCUGACGAAUCAAACACAAACUGAAUUAGUUGCCUGAAGAUCGUCUUGAAUAAGGCGUGAAAAUUAAGUAGCAAUAAUUAAUUUUAAGAUAUAAAUAUAUCUUGCUCUACAAUAAUAUUAGUGUUGAGCAUUUUAUUAUCUACUAUAUAUAUAUAUAUAUAUAUAUAUAUAUAUAUAUAUGAAGGGGUUGUAGGUAACAUUCCCGGUGAAUAUUUGAAAAGGUUAAAAAGAAUUUCUUCAGGCAUAAAAUUGGAAUAAAAAGAUGUUAAAAAUAUUUUAUUUUCCAGACGUUUCGCCGGUCAAGGCUUCAUCAGUGGAAUAUUACUUAUUACAAUAUAUACGUCUAUUAUAUACAAGCUAGUCUAUUAAAAAUUCAUGAAUAAAAUAGAAAAAAUAAAAAAUUAUAAAAUCUAUUGAAAUGUCAAUUAGCUACGAGUCCGGUCAGGCAGUGUUUGGUUAAUUAAAUACUAAUUGUUCUACCUAUGCAACCGUUCAUAAUAUUUUUGCUACGGUUAUGUAUUUCAAAGGCUUCGAUACAUUUGCGUUCUUCUUGGUAGGCUAUAUUUCUAUGUAGUAUUUUCCAACUUAUGUCGGAUUGAUCUGGUCGUCUACUCUUAUGAGAUUCUAUAUGUUUGUACACAGUUUGUUUGUCCAUUUUUAAGUGUUCCUUAAUUCGCGAUCCAAUUGUUCUACCGGUUUCUCCAACAUAUACUAUUCCGCAACUUGAACAUAUGAUUUCAUAAAUGACGUUCUUUAUCAGACACUGUUUAGGUUUACUUGCUGAUUUACAUUUUCGCAAUCUUCCCGACAGCUUGCUCUAUCUCUGGGUGGGGCAAAUACUCGUGAUGAAGGUCUGCCGUUCAUGAAAUGAAUUUUGACAUUGUUGAUUCCUGAUCUACGUAUUACUGAAAGGGCACGUCGUUUAAGUUCUUUGUUAAUAUAGGGAAGUUUCACAUAGAUAUUUUCUCGUUUGUCAUCCUUACGUGGUUUAUUGCGUGUUGUGUGUCUUAUUGUAUCCCUAACAAACCUUCUAGGAUAUCCAUUGUUCACGAACAAUGUGAAGACCUUAUUAAGAGAUUCUUUACAAUGAGUGGGGUUCGUAGAGCAACCAAUGGCCCUUCUGGUUUCACCCACAAGAAUGGCCCGCUUAGAUGCUACUGACCCAUGACUAUCCCACGGCGUGAUGCAUUUGCUGUGAAUGGGUUUGAUAUAAAGUGUAGCUGAGAAAGAUUUAGCUGCGGGAUUAUAAGAUACCAAAGUGUCUAGGAAUGGCAGUUGGUUGUUAUUAGGCAUCUCUAGAGUAAACUUAAUGGCAUCGUUAAGUUCAUUAGCUAUUGUCAACAAUCUCUCUCCGGACAUCUCUUGUGACAUCAAGAAGGCAAAAUAAUCAUCGAUGAAUCGCUUUAGUUUUACGCGACCCCCCGCUCCGUCCGUAAUUAAGAAAUCGAUUUCAUUCAUAUAAAUGAUGGCUAAAGUUGGGGCAAGAUUGUUUCCCAUGGCCAAACCCGAAUUUUGCUGAUAGGCGUUGCCUCCAAUUAAAACGUUAUCGCUUGUUAGACAUAAACGGAUAAGUUUAUCAAAAUCUUCAUCACUUAAACAGGAUAGUUCACAAUCACCUUUGUAUUGACUGAAGAAACGUUUGGCCACCGUAAAUACGCUGGGUGUUCUAUUAUUGAUGUCUUUAAGAGGUAUAGAGCCGUAUAGGUUGCGUACAUCGAGACUACAAAAACCAUGAAUUAAAUCACCGUCUAUACUAGAUAAUGUGGCUAUGAAUUCUUGAGUAUUCUUAAGAUGCGUUGGUACAUGACAAAGGAGUGUGUUUAAUGACUUGGCCAGGAAUUUGGACAAUGCUGUAGCCGGUUAAUAGACUAGCUUGUAUAUAAUAGACGUAUAUAUUGUAAUAAGUAAUAUUCCACUGAUGAAGCCUUGACCGGCGAAACGUCUGGAAAAUAAAAUAUUUUUGACAUCUUUUUAUUCCAAUUUUAUGCCUGAAGAAAUUCUUUUUAACCUUUUUAUAUAUAUAUAUAUAUAUAUAUAUAUAUAUAUAUAUAUAUAUAUAUAUAUAUAUAUAUAUAUAUAUAUAUAUAUAUAUAUAAGAUUUGGUUUCGUUGAUUAUAAAAACUUUUGGUAAAGUGCUCAAUGGAAAACCAGAGCAUAUUUAAAUUAAGGUACAACAAUCAACAAAAUCCACUAGGCAUCUUUAUAAAGAUGCCUAGUGGAUUUUGUUGAUUGUUGUACCUUAAUUUAUAUAUAUAUAUAUAUAUAUAUAUAUAUAUAUAUAUAUAUAUAUAUAUAUAUAUAUAUAUAUAUAUAUAUAUAUAUAUAUAUAUAUAUAUAUAUAUAUAUAUAUAUAUAUAUAUAUAUAUAUAGAUAUAUAUAUAUAUAUAUAUAUAUAUAUAUAUAUAUAUAUAUAUAUAUAUAGAAUUAGGUUUCGUUGUUUACAAAAACAUUUGGCAGAGUGCUCAAUGGAUAUCCAGAGCAUAUAUAUAAGGCUAAUUUAUCUGAUGAGUGCCACAUCUUGUGGUACGAAACUAAUAGUAAUAUGAUAAAUUAGCAUUGAUUAAUUAUUCACUGUUACAAUGUGUUGACAAUUUUUUCGGCAAAAAACUGCUUGAAAAUUUGAAAUACUUUUGUUUUACAACUCGAAGACGAAGUGAAAGAAAUUGUUUUAGAACCUCUAUAUCUCACAGGAAAGCUCAGAUAUAUUAUACAGCUGUUUGGCACUAUAGUAAGUGCUUGUUGACUGCAAAUUCAUUUGUCGUUCAUUGCAAACUUUUCUGAACGAUUUAUAUUCUCAAUGAACAUGUUUUUUCGCUGUUGUUUCGGUAUUAAUUCUUUAAAAAACUUGUAUUUAAACUAAUUUCUACGUAAUAAAUGUAUUUUGCUAACCUGUCAAAUUUUUUUUGAGAGUUUUUCCUUGUACUAUUAUGUUUCUCAAAGCGAAUAUUUUCCUUUUUCUGCUUCGCAAAUCUCAUGUAGUUUUUGGACCGCCAUCUUGUUUUUCGCUACUCGCUGUAUAUGAGCUGAUAUACGGCGAGUAAUUCAACCAAUCAGAUUGCAGAACAGCUCAUAUACGGUGAAUGACUAUAUUAUAAAUAUAUAUAUAUAUAUAUAUAUAUAUAUAUAUAUAUAUAUAUAUAUAUAUAUAUAUAUAUAUAUAUAUAUAUAUAUAUAUAUACUGUAUAUAUAUAUACAGGGUGUAUCAAAAUAAACGCAAUUCAUCGUUUGUGUUUAAUAACUUUCGAAAUACUAUUUCCAGUUAAACGCUUUUAGGCUUACUUCAAAGCCUGUUCUUUUCUCUUUCAAACAAGCUAUUAUUCUUGUCUCCAAUGCUAGUAAUAAUUGCACAGGAAAAGAUUUAGUAAAACCUAUCAUUUUUAGUUGCUGUUUAAUUAUGCAAGUUUACUAUGUUAUUGUUUAGUCGGUUUAAAUGUUAGAAUUUUCUUCUUUAAACUUUAAUGUUGUCGUCACUACAUCUGGAAAACCUGACGUAGGAACAAAUUAAAAGUAUUUUAAAAGAGACCAGGUUGUUUGAAAAUCCUAAACGAAUGCUAAAAAUCAUAGAAUCAAAACAUUCCGGUGUCUGAGCCAGAGUGUCAUCGAAUUACGAUGUAAUGUAAACAGAAAUUAUAGCAAGCUGAUGUCAGUCAGCUUAGAUGGUCCAAACCAAAAUUAUAUCGCAUUUGAAGUUUCAAACUGUGUUAAAAAUAGUGGAAGAAAAGCCGUAAUUAUACUUAUUGUUACAAUCCAUUUAUUAAAAUGCAACAUGUUUUUGUUUUAAUGAAAAAACCCAGUUAUUUUCAUGAGAACGAUUUGUUAUUCCAUCUCAAUUUUUCUAAUCUCCAAUCGCAAUAACGUAAAGUAUUAUUACCCGCGAACCAAUGAGUCCAAUUUAAGAAACAACCCACUGUUAGAAAGCUGAAUGGCUACGCUUUAAAAUGAAUGUAAACUUUAACGUUUUCGUCUAUUAUUUGUUUAGCAAUUUACAUUUCAGUCGAGGAUUGCGCUUUUUUUUAUACACUCUGUAUAUAGCUUCUUUGAAAAAAAUUUCUAGAACUCAAAUUUUGUGAACCAGGGGGGGGGGAUGUCUUUUCCAACAAACAAAAAAUGGCUUGCGCACGAAAUUUAAAAGUUUUAAUCAUAUUUUAAGUUAAUAGAUGGACAUUUGUUGGGUUUUUAAUUACUGUACAAUAUUUCAGACAAUUUGCUUUAGUUUAAUCCCUUUAACUAUUCACGCAAGCUUACAUUACAUUACGCAACUACAUCUGAGGUGCUCAUAUGGUUCAGAGAUGGUGGUUUUAGGGGUGGUCCUUGGUAAGUGUGAAAUGCCUAGCACUGAUAUUUCACAAGAAAAUGACCAUGCAAUAUUCAGAGUCAGACGUCAAUUUGUGGCUUACAACUUCAAAUAAACAGCAGUGGAUCUACAUUACCUUUUUCCUAAAUAUUUUUAAUAGAAACAUAAUUGGUACUUAUUUAAUUAUAUUAUCACUGUUUUGGUGUAAAAUAGUUAAUAUUUUGUGACCGAAAAAAUAAUUUGAAAUAUACAUACCUCCUGCAAAUGGACGUAUUUGGCCAAAUUCUCCACUUUACUCCGCUGUUUAUGGCCGAUCUCGUUGAAAUCCUUCCAAGUAUGCAUUUCAGCUCAAACAUAGUGGUAGCAAGCGCAUUUUAAACAACUUGGUGUCAAGUAGAUUCCUAGCUGUUUAAAACCAUCGAAAAGGUAAAACCUCAACUUUGUCCAAAUUCGGCGCCAUUUUGUCAUCCCGUGUCGGUUGUAAACAAUUCGGCCUUGUUAUUCUUCCAUCCAAGCCAUGUCCAUCAACGAAUAACAAAUUUAACCCUUUGUUAAGGGUAUUAAAAUAAAAAUACAAUUGAAAUUUGCGAAAUGCAGCAUUUUAUCACCCAGUAAGAUGUUGCUUACGAGUCUUUCAAAACAUUCCGUUCAAAUCUCGCGUGACAAAGUGACAGGGUCGUGACAGGAGGGGGUGAAUUUUUUCACGAAGAUAGAAGAAGAAGGCUGCGUGAAAUAGACUAAAAACUAAAUACAAUCAUACAAACGUUUGUUUUAUUUCUUGUAGCGACAAAUAAGUACAUAUUAUUAUUUAUUAAUAUGAACAAGUCAUACAAAUUAAAUGUUGAUUGUUGGUUUUACCAUACUGCGUUGGGCUUUGCUUUCACUUUUCAAGUCUCCAGCCCCCUGUUACUAAACCUCGCGAGAUUUGUACGAAAUGUUUUGAAGGAAUCGUAUGCAACAUUUUAUAGGGUGAUAAAAUGCUACAUUUCACGUAUUUCAUUUGUAUUUGUAUUUUAAUACCCUUAACAAAGGGUUAAAUUUGUUAUUAGUUAAUGGAAAUGGCUUGGAUGGAAGCAUAACAGGGUCGAAUUGUUUGCAACCGACACGGGAUGACAAAAUGGCGCCGAAUUUCGACAAGUUGAGGCUUUACCUUGCCGAUGGUUAAACAGCUAGGAUCUACUUGAAACACAGUUGAAACUUGUUUAAAAUGUGCUUGAUACCAUUAUGUUUGAGCUGAAUUGCAUACUUGGAAGGAUUUCAACGAGAUCGGCCAUAAACAGCGGAGUAAAGUGGAGAAUUUGGCCAAAUACGUCCAUUUGCAGGAGGUAUAUACAUUUCAAAUUAUUAUUUCGGUCACAAAAUAUUAACUAUUUUACACUAAAACAGUAAUAGUAUAAUUAAAUAAGUACCAAUUAUGUUUCUAUCAAAAAGAUUUAGGAAAAAAAGUAAUGUAGAUCCACUGGUGUUUAUUUGAAGUUGUAAGCCACAAAUUGACGUUUGACUAUGAGUAUUGCAUGGUCAUUUUCUUGUGAAAUAUCAGUGCUAGGCAUUUCACACUUACCAAGGACUACCCCUAAAACCACCAUCUCUGAACCAUAUAAGCACCUCGGAAUAGCCAAAGCUUUUAUGGUUUGGUAGAUAGCACUAUAGCGAGAGCGUCGUUUUUGGGUCUGGUCAGUUUCGGACGUUUCGUCCCGGAUUGGGGUUCGGGCAGCGUUACCAUGUUGACCGUCAUGGUCAACUUGCCCAAAACAGUUGAGAUUAUCUGUCUUAAACGAAAUGCAUACAAACGCAUAUACAGGUCCUGGACUAUAAAAAAUAGGUACGCAGUGCGUACAUGUUGCAUGCCUUAGAAACGUUCAGGCCGAUUUCCAUUCAGUGCAAAAUAUCGCGAGAUCAACUUUUUGCGACCAAUUUCUUUUGAAAUGCGUUCAGUCAACCUGAUCCGUUUGAUUGCUUGUAUUUCAAAAGAAAGUGAUCGCAAAAUGUAGAUCGCACGACAUAUUGCACUGAAUGGAAAUCGAUAUCCGCCUUUGUGGUGCGCAAACGCUUAUAAAUUUUGGUCCAACUGGCCUGAAACUUAACAUAUUGAUUCAAUAAGUUUAAUAUCAAUAUAUAUAUAUAUAUAUAUAUAUAUAUAUAUAUAUAUAUAUAUAUAUAUAUAUAUAUAUAUAUAUAUAUAUAUAUAUAUAUAUAUAUAUAUAUAUAAAAUAGUUUGUGUAGGGUUAUAAAAACCAAUGAUAGAGUGCUCAAUGGAUAACCAGAGCAUAAUAGAAAGACACAAAAACUUAGCAAGCUUUGUUUGGCAUAUUUAUAUAUUUAUAUAUAUAUAUAUAUAUAUAUAUAUAUAUAUAUAUAUAUAUAUAUAUAUAUAUAUAUAUAUAUAUAUAUAUAUAUAUAUAUAUAUAUAUAAGAAAACGUAAGAUUCUCAUACGAAUAGGCAAUGCUUUAUGAGCGACUGUUCUUGUGCAAUUGCAAGGGACGGUAAUUACAAGGUCAACUGCUGAAGGUCAGAGUCAAGAUUUUAUCACUGAUCGACUAUUCCAAGUAAACAAUGUUAUUAAUACAGUAAUACUCUCCUACAAAUUUAAACAAAUUUAGCUUUAUCGUAGCUUAUUGAAAGUAUAAAAACCCGUGGAAACAGUGAACUACUAUAAUAGAUUGAUAAUAAUUAUUAAACUAUGAUCUCGACUAUGGUUGAAAUUAUCGAAGUAGAAUGCUAUUUCGUUGUAUUAAAUGUCAAUAGACAAUAGUAUUAAUUAGAAUUUUUUUUGACUUUUAAAUAUAUUUCAUGUUAUUUACAGAAUGUGAUGAAGUUUUUGAAGUUUUGCACACAAUUUAAUCAGUGCUAGCACAAUGGCAUCGUUUCAAUUUGAGCAUAUUUUGAUAGCGUAGCGGUUUAUAUAUCGUUUGAAAGGUUACGGCGUAGCCUUUCACAAGAUAUACAAUAUUAAAACGCCUGAUAAUUGAUAAAUAUCAGUGCGAUCACAAUGGCACCAAAAUAACAAAAUAACAUAAUAUAAGGUAAAUUAAAAACAGCAAAGCUUUUUUGGACGAAAAAUCAAUAUUUUCUUUGUAUUUUACGAAUCUGUCACGUGAUUUACCACCGCCGGUACAACGCCGAUACAAUGCGACACAAAAUUUAGAGCUAUAUGAAAGUUGCAUGCCCAUAUAUGGGCAUGCAACAAAAACCAUCUAUUUGCAUACUAAUUAAUGACUUUGCCUUUUUUGCAUAUGUCAGCAAUAUGCAAAUUAGGUAAAGGCAUUAAUUAAGCAUGCGAAAAGCUGAUUUUUUAGGAAAAAAUGAAUAGUUAAAGGACUUAAACUAAACCAAAUUGUCUGAAAUUUUGUACAGUAAUUAAAAAUCCGACACGUUUCCCAUCUAUUAACUCUUAUGAUUAAAGCUUUUAAAUUUCGUGCGCAAGCCAUUUUUAGCUUGUUGGAAAAGACACCCCCCCCCCCCUGGUUCACAAAAUUUGAGCUCCAGAAUUUUUUUUCAUUUUUCUACAUUAUAAGUACCCAAAGAUACUAUAUCCAUCAAAGAUUGGCUACUAAUGGCUGUUUUGCGAAUAUGGAUAUCCAGGGCAUAAUUAAAUAAAUGCGAUAAGUACGUGUAUAUAUAUGCCACUUUUUGGUCUUCACAUGUAUUUAGAUUACGGUAUCACAACUGAGAAAAUAAGUUGCAUUUGAAAGGAAAAAACCUACUAUAACAGAUUUAGGAUCGAAAUAAAAAAACAAAAAAUUUGAAAGUUACGCGGGGGGGCAUAUUUUCAAGUAAAUAUAUUAUAUUUAUUGUAUCUUUAUGAUUUAUUAUAAAAACAAUAAAUCUUUGCGUAUUUUUAUCAUCAAUCAUAAAAAUAUAAUAAAAACAACAUUUUUAGUCGAGUUGCUGUGGUGGCGAACAAACGUUUCGUGAAAAUUUUCCCUCCAACUCCCUGUCAAGAAGCACGAGGAGUUUUCGCAAAGAUUGCUUUUAUGUGUUUUAAUCAGUUGCGGAAAUUCACUUUUUCCAGUGGGGGGGGGGCAAAGCCUCCUAAAUUUCCGACAAAACUUUAAAAUUUCCGACAUACCACCCCCCCCCCAUUUGCACUCGAAAAGACUGUUUUUAGCCCUCCUUUAGGCCAAAAUUUCCGAAAAUUCGUCACCCCACCAAGAUUUCCGCCACUGGUUUUAAUCUACUUAUAUGUGUUUUUAAUCGACUAAGCAAGUGGACACGAACCUGCCAUUUAAAACAUGUAGGGUAAAUACGGUGAAGUAUACCUUGUUGUUGCACUACAGAAUAGCGUAAUGUAUACGCUCAAAUUUUGCACCGUUUUGAAGAACCUUUUAAAAAGGCGAAUCAGGAUUCGUGGAACAAUAAACACUUCUUCUAAGUGAUGUACUGAGACCGACUGGACCAUUUCACAGAGUAGACCACCCUUCUCUCCGCACCCACCUCCCCCCCCCCACCCACAUUUACUCCCCUGCUGCAGCGCAAACGGUUACGUUAACAACUAGAAAUAGUAGUUAGUAGAUGCAAACGUCAAUCUUAACGUUUUCAUUCCUUACACAUUUCUUUCAGAUGGCAACGCAUUUAUUGAAAACUCAUUUGGUAAUAGAAGCAUUUUGUGUUGCCUCAUGGCGCCAGUUACCAUCGAUCCAUCCAGUGUUCCAACUGCUCUUCCCCCACAUUCGUUCCGUCGUGGCCAUUAACACGAUAGGAAGAAACGAACUAGUUGCCAAAGGGGGAAUUGUUGACAAGACACUCAGCAUUGGGGGAGGAGGUCAUAUUCAGCUUUUGGAAAAGACUUACAAAGAUUUCAAAUUUGACAUGCUCUGUCUGCCUGCGAUGUUGAAAAACAGAGGUGUGGAUGAUCCUGAAAAGCUGCCAAACUAUUAUUACAGGUAAAUCCACUGACUCUCAUUUUCUAACAUAUAAACUGGGGUCCUCCAGCCCUGUGUUGCCCCUCCUCCCACCCGAACCACACCGCAGUGAACCAUGUUGGCGUUUCAAACGAAGGUCCGUUUUGUCUUAAAUAUUAAUACAAGAAAAGAAGGAAGAGUGUUUUAAUAUUUGUAUGACCAAGACUUGCUUUGAUUUCAUGCCGAAUCUUCAAUAUGUAAUGAUAAAAUAUGUCCAAAAGUUGUGUGUGAAAGGGACAGGAAAUGAAGUUCCAGUUCCUUCUUGCUAAGUCCAUUUUCCUUGAUGCGCGCCUGCUUUGCAAGGAGGGGGUAUGUGAAUGAAUGAUCGGAAAUUCAAUCGAAAUUAAGAAAAUUCACAUUGCCGUCGCGUCAUAUUGCAGCUAUUUACAGUCACAGCGUAUAGUCUGUUCAAAAGAACCCGAGCUAAGAAAAGACAAGCUUCGACCAUUGUCAGUAAUCAAGACAUGUAGGUGUGGAAUCAAGGGCACAACUACAAGUGUGUAAAACUGAUAGUCAAUUUUAGGCCUGUUUUAUACGUCAGAAUUUUGGUCGCGUCGAAUGCAAUUAAGACAAUAGAUAACGAGAUGAUAAACAUAAUUAAUUUAAGCUUCAUUGUCUAUUGUUUGAAUUGCAUUCGAUGCGACCGAAAUUCGACGUUUAAGGCCUGUUUCAAUCGUCGGGCUUCUCAUGUGCCGAACGCAUUAAAAACAAUAGAUAAUCGGCGGUGCCUCAUUAUCUAUUGUUUCUAAUGCGUUCGGCACAUGAGAAGCGCGACGUUCGAAACAGGCCUAAAACAGGCCUUAUACAGGCCGAUCUCUUGUUAGUCGAAUUCUUUUUCUCUUCGACUGUUAUGUUGUAUAAUUAAUUGCAUGGGUUAUAUCUGCGUAUCAAAAGAAUAUAAGUACCUUGUUAUUUUUAUUUAUAAAAAAUCGUUGCCCUGCCUUUCAGGUACAGUAAGUAAAAAAGUCCUGGCCAUGCCUUGUUUUAUGCGCGGCGCGACCACUUUUUCCUAAUUUUUGUGUGCUCCCUAUAUAUAAUGAUAUUACUUACCAUUUAUUUAUCAGAGAUGAUGGGCUUCUUAUGUGGGACGCUAUUUCUAAGUUCAUCCGUGAGUUCCUUGUCAUUUUCUAUCAAUCGGAUGAUGACGUGUGCAACGACCACGAGCUGCAGUCGUGGCUGACGGACAUUGAUGACAACGGCCUGCCUACGAGAGAAGGUGCAGAAAUUUAAAUUCAGCUUUUUCGUGGCCAAGGGCUCUCCUUAACGAGGAAAAUGGUAUUGCAAUGAAGUCAGAUAUAGCUUCGAUCUUCCGGAAUCUUUUAUCCUAUUUUAACAUUUACAAAACUAAUUUCACCAAGAACAAACCACGUUUUUUAUCGUCGUAAAACUGUUGCAAUUUUGAUUGUCUUUGUAUAGGCAAUACUAUAAUUUUAACCUUUCAGUCCAAUUUGAAAAAGAACAGACAUACACGAAUGAGUUUUUCAAAGACGAACGAGUUCUUCAAAAUUGCACGAGUCCAAACAACGAGAAUACAAUUUGAAGUUGCUUGAUAGCUCGCGAGUGUAGGUUUCUUCCAAUAGCAGAAGAAAUCGCACAAUUAUUAUAAGUAAUAGCAUGGCUUGAGGGAGAUUAGUGAUUAAAUGGCCCCGUAACCCGAGGCAGGUUUGCGGAAUUCCCGAGGGCGAAGCCCGAGGGAAUUCCGCAAACCUGCCGAGGGUAAGGGGUCAUUUAAUCACUAAUCUCCCGAAAAGCCAUGCUAUUAGUUUGUAAUAGCAUAGUUUCGCUCCCAUUUAAAAAUGGACAAACAUGCCCUACUUGGAAUCAGCGUAUUUAAGCUAAAACAUUUGCUUCAUUGCUUGUGGGAUGUAAAAGCUUGUUGCACAUGCGCACUUUUUACGCUUUAAUCGGUUACGCAUGCGCAAUCUAUCAUUUAACGUACCACAACAAACACGCUAAAUAUAUUAGUAUAAAUUUGGAGACUGCACGUGCGUAAUUUAAAUGAUGCGGCAACUCAGGGAUCGGAUGAUAGACUAUUGACGGCUCUGAGCUAACUGUUGCUGUUCCUUGCACGAUUAUGUGCGUGAGGCACUUGCCUAAUGCGUAGUCGUCAGGGAGACAAAGGUGUGACCCUUGGUAACGGGCGAUUAGUUCUAAUCGCCCGCUCUAGCGGGCGAUUAGAACUAAUCGCCCGCUACAGCGGGCGAUACGUGAUUAAACGUCCCUGUUGAAACAAAAGAAACCCGGGCAACUAUGCUAUUAUUAUUUUUAUAAUAUACAUGAAGAAAUUAUGCGGGAGCAAAUUCAUGGUCAAUUUCAUGCGAAUAAUUUAAGUAAAUUAUUCUCAUUUGAAUGAUAACAACUUGAUACAUGUUCUCAAUUGUCAAAAGUCGAAACUUUAUUCCAAAUGUCUUUUGUUUAGGCGAUUGUCACGUAUUUCUUUUCUUGGCACUGCAUGAAUUAUUUAUCAUGUGUUGGCACUUUAUUUGAAUAAAAUUGAAUUGCUCUUUUAAAAACGUGAGUCUGGUUUAAAUGGCAAAUAUUUUAUGCACUGAUCUUUAAACAACGAUUGGGUACGACAGAGCGGUGUCUAAAUCGAUUAAGUUCGACAAGUUUUGAUUAGGUUCGACGACACGGCACAAAAUAUGGAAAUUCAUAUCGUAUUAUGCGACAUUGCAUGGUUCGACAUGGGUUUAGACGCUGUGCUUUUCCUUCCCCGAACAUAAUGCAUAAUUUUUUAACGUACAUAAUUAUAUGAUCAAGAUAUAUUAACAAUCUAGUACUGACAUUUCUGAUACCUACGAUCGGCGUUUAGAUCAUGCAGCUAGUUGCCGCAUUAGGACGGUAUUUAAUUGGAUUAGAUUCUGUUCAGUGCCCUGAAAUGCGUUGUCUAAACACGGCCUUAUACUAUAUAGCCUAUUAAGUAACUUUUUCAUGCAUGUUAUUUGCCUUUGAGAAACACUGUGAUCAUAUGCACGAUUCUUCCAAAUUGCACUCGAAACCACGCUAUUACCUUGCCAAAUAUUUAUUGUCCCUGUAAUGUUUAUAAACCCUACAAAUACGUUGCAAUGUAACCCACUGUGAAAUGCAGAACCCCAUUGAAAAGUUGUAUUGACAUCCUCCAUGACUGUUUUAAUCAUUACUUUUUUAAGGUAAUGUAGACCACGUGUUUCCAGCGUGUCUGCAGACACGCGAUGAACUGCAACACGUGCUCACCUGCAUAGUGUUCACGUCCUCGUGCCAACACGCGGCCGUAAACUUUCCCCAAAUGGAGAUCACUGGCUUUAUCCCAAAUGUUCCGCCUGUGAUGCGCUUGCCACCGCCUACCAGGAAAAAUCAAGCAAGUUUGCAAUACAUAAUGGACACAUUACCAAAUAAGAUCCAGGCUGGAUGGCACAUUGGCACUAUGUACACAUUGACGAGGAUAGCUGAGGACGAGGUAUUAAUUGCCAUUAUUAAUAUGAGGAAUCUUCGACAAACAGGACAAAAACGUGGCGACCAUUAGUCGGGCCGAUUUCAGAUCCACUAGAAUACACACGUUAAAACGCACAAGUUGUGAAAGAUCUGCAAACAUGUUGUAAUAAGGUUGUUGUCAAGCCGAUAUAAGGAUGUGUUCGCACUGUUCGUUCCCACUUAUUGUGACAAGCCUAGAACUAGUUGUUAUCACCAAAGUCAAUAACGGAUACAGACUAAAGACUUGCUACAAGGCUGUUCGUAACAAUAAAGUUGCAACGUUAACACCUUGUUAUGAUUGUGCAGGCGAUAUCAGACGUGUUGGAACAACUUGUAGCGAGUCUUUUGGCCACUCUAUAACCUCCUUACAAGAUGAUUACAACUUUUCCAGACUUGCUGCACGCGCCUGCACCAACUGGAAACAAGCAGUGGAAACACAUUUUUUUGAGAAACUAAGAGGCAUUUCAGGUGCAGACCGCAGGGACAAGCAAAAUUGAAGUCGGUCGCCGAUGUAACUCCUUGAUUUUGUAACUUUUCAUUAGAAUCAGUAUUUUUUGUUGUUCGAUUUCAUGCUAUUGUCUCGUGCGCACUGAAGCAAAUUCAGCAAAUGUCUAUUAUCUAAUUCUCGGCACUCUUUAUCCAUCCCUUAAAUUACACGAAGUUUCACCCCAAAUGUUUAUGAUUGCAUUGUAAAGAUCACUUAAAAUGACUUAAUAAUUUCUUUUAUAGAAUUUUGGUAACUUGCUUCCUUUGCAAGAUAUUCAACUUUGUUUCAUAUGCAAAUAUCACCGGUGUGACACCACAUCGCAUAAUGACAUUUUGAAAACGCAAUAUUUUACCUUUUACAAUAUUUUACAAACAAAUACAGAGGGUUAAUUACCAGUUAUGAAAUUAAUACAUAUACAUAUACAAGGGCAAUUUUUAAGUUUUUUAGAUACGUGUUCGUUAAGAAAACUAUACUUUUCUGAAAACUCAUUAUGUGAUGUGAUGUCACACCGGUGAUACUUGCAUAUGAAACAAAGUUGAAUAUCUUGAAAAGGGAGCAAGUUACCAAAAUUCUACAAAAGAAAUUAUUAAAUCAUUUUAAGGGUGAAAUUUCGUGUCAUAGGCACUUUAAGGCAUAUGUGACCUUGCCCUGAUAGAGAAUGAUUGCAACCACGAAGGGAUGUAAGCUAUUCAGUGAAAUAAUUUCCUUUUCAAUUACUGAGUGCCUGAUCGAAUUCCUUUCAAAUAUAUACCCUUUUCGAAUGCGUUUCGAAUAUUUACCCUCGUAUUAGUGUGAGCGUUCAAAGUGUGUGUAAAAUCGUUUCCUUCUAAAGGCUAAAAUGAAAAUUUGAAAAGCUGCAAGUACUGUAGUAAUAUUUAAAUUGUCUCUUUUAGCGUUUUAUUGGAGAUUUCUCUCAAGGUCUUCUGAAUGGCAAAGAAGUAGAAGGUGUUAUCUCUCGUUUUCAAGCCUCUCUCCAGAGUAUCUCAGAAGUAAUUAAGAAACGCAAUGCUUCUGUGAAGAUUCCAUAUCCAUACCUGUUACCGGAGAGAGUGCCAAACAGUAUUGGAAUCUAAAGAAAGUCAUAAACUAAUCGGCUUUCGUUGGAAUUCAACUGCAAGUUCGGCGUGCAAUGUAAAUGAAUUGUAACUAUACAUACUGUAUAUUGUAGUUGACUGACGUAAUUGUAUAAAUAGGUUGUGCACUGUCGUAAUAGUGGCAGUUGCUGUUACGUUGAGUUGUCGUCC